UUAAAGAAGAGCAGUUCUGGGAAAUUGGUUGAACAGCAAAGAAAAUGUGAAUCGAACAUAUGCUGCGAAGUCAUCAAGAUUUUGAUCGAAAGAAACAACGAAAAUGUGAAUCGCAAAACACCCUGCGGACUUGAUCCACUGUGUGUCGCUGUAAAGCUUGGGAGUCAUUCGCUAAUUGAUUUCCUUCUUGAAAAGAAAGCAGACCCAAAUUGCAUGGAUCUAAUGAAUGAAUCUCUACUAUUCUUUGCUUUGAUUCAUGGAAACGAAGACAUAGUCAAAAGCCUAAUUAAAGCUGGGGCAAACGUUAAUCACUGCACAGUACUUCCAGGUACUGGUGAAAAACAAUCGUUGCUAAAUAGACUUCUGGAUGAGAGUGGAGAGUUUUCUAAGGCAAGCAACUUAGUAAACCUUGUUCAAAUUUUGAUUGAAAAUGGUGCUUCCGUCAAUGAAUGUGAAGAAGGAUCUGAUUCACCUUUGAUAAAAGCUGUCAGACUUUCGUCAUUUGACCUUGUGGAUUUGUUACUCCAGCAUGGAGCAAAUGUUAAUCACCAUGGAAAGAGCGGAUUUACAGCAUUACAUGAAUGUUGUGUCAAGGGUAAAUUUGAAGUAGAACACCCUAACACAGAAAUCUUCAAUCUCCUCCUGGGAGCUGGGGCUUCAGUGAACAGCCAGACAGGCAGUGUUGACACGUCAGUGUCUACAGGAAUAAAUUACGGCUGUUUCAAAUUUGUUUCAAAUAUGGGGAAAAAGCACACUUUUUUCAAAUUUGUUUCGAAUAUGUUUAAUAAACGAAUCUCUCCGAACACACAGAAUAAUGAAGGAACUACUUGCUUGAUGUUAGUUGUUACUAAUUAUAGUAUCACCAAGAAACUUCUGGAUAUUGGUGCAGAUCCAACAGUUCAAGACCAUGAAGGAAACACCGUAUUGCAUCAUUUAUGUUCAACUACAUUAAAAAGAGAAAAGAAAAGAGAAAUUCUUGAGCUUCUGCUUAGAAGUAAGACUGAUAUAAAUACUGUAAACCACGAGGGGUGUACUCCUCUAAACAGAAUGAUAAAGGAAAAGACUACUCUGAAUGUGGAAGAUGUACAAGACUUACUAAUGCAGAAAGCUGAUCCAAAUGUAUGCUUCAAAGGAUGCAAUUCUCCGUUGAUAAAUUCACUUUUGAGAUGCAAACUGGACGUUGCUUUUUGUUUACUGAAAGCUGGAGGAGACGUACACCAUGAAGGAAAAUCUGGUUUGACUGCUCUUCAUGCCAUUUUAAAUUUGGAGCUCACUGGCGAAGGAUACAUCAAAGAGAGGAUAGAGAUGAUUCAGAAACUUCUUGCAGCUGGUUCUGAUGUAAAUAAACGAGAUUUGGAAGGCAACACAGGAUUAAAUUUUUGUUUGAAAACAUUGUGCAAGGGAAGAAAAGAUGAAGUAAUGCCAGUAAUAAAAGUUCUUUUGGAAGCUGGGGCAGAUCCAAACAUCAGUGAUAUCUCUGGCAGACGACCACUGGAAAUUAUUAUUAAUACAUCAUUGAAAGAAUGUAGAAAUGAAACGGAGAUUCAAGAAUUGGUUGAAAUGCUAUUUAUUUAUGGAGCAAAAUGCAACGAACGUAAAAAAGGACAAGAUUCUGUUUUACACAUGGCUGUAUCCAACGGACUUGAAGGCGUUGUGCAGAUCUUAGUCACCAGAGGUGCAGAUGUAAAUCAUCAGGGAAAAUAUCGACAGAUUCCACUCCAUCGUUAUUUCUUGUCAGAAAUAAAAGACAAAUUACAUGAUCCAGCUUUACAUCAAACAUCUGUCGAAUCAAAAUCCCGAAAGAUUCUGGAUAUUUUACUGCCUUUGACCAGGGAUCCAAACAUCGAAGAUGAAAACGGUGAUUCCCCAUUGAAUCUUGCUUGUGCUUGCUUAGCCUCGAAGAAUAAGGACGACAUUAGAAAGUUGCUGCAAGCAGGAGCUGAUCCUCUUCACAAAGGACAGGAAAAUAUUGAUGCCUUUGAAAAAUGUAUUGCAACAGGAAAUUUUACAGCCUUAGAAAUACUGCUCCAGGAAAAGGGUUCAAAUCAUAUUACUGAUUUGCAUUUUACCGCAUUUUGGAAUGCGUCCAAAAUUCAGGAUGCUAAAUUAUAUCAAAGAGUGGCAUUAUUGAUGCUCAGCACAAAUGAAAACAUUAAUGUCAACAUAAGAAACCGUAAAGGAGACACGCCUCUUGCUUACUUUUGUCAUCAGAAUGCAACUGAUGUGAUCAGAAAACUGGUGGAAAGAGGUGCAGAUGUAAAUGUUCUAACAACAAAAGGAUGGAACAUUUUACAUUUCCUCUGUGAUUCUCCAGAUGUGGAGUCGAAACUGGACACAAUAUCAUUGAUAAUAAAAAGUAACCUCGAUCUGGAAGUUCAGGAUAUAUCAGGGAAAACUGUGCUUCAGAGAACAAUAGAAAAGUACCGAAAAUUUUACUUCAGGGAUGGUUAUUCCACAUACAAAUGCUUAAGCUCAAUUAUAGAACAUUUGUUGAACGCAGGAGCAAAAUGUAGAAAGACCGAGUUAACUUCUUUGUUACAAAUGGCAUGUAAACACCAACAUUUUGCAUUGAUGAAAGCAUUAGUAAAGAGAGGGGCGGAUCCGUCAGUUAAAAAGUCAGAAAAGGGUAUUUUGCAUGACUGUUGGUUCCCUUACGACUUCUAUAAAAUUGUUAUUACACCAAGUCUGUUAAAAGAAUGUAUCGAGUAUAUAGAAUUCCACAAGGAGGUUGGAGGAAGUCUGACUGAAGUUUAUGAAGGCUGUACGCCUCUUGAUAUGUACUUGAAGUCUGCGAUUUACAAGAAAUCGGAAAAAUAUAAAGAGUUGCGGGAUGAAAUUGAUUCUCUACUUGCAUGCAACGAAGAAGUUUGCGAAUCUGAUAGAAGACUCUCUGCAGUACAUAUCGCUGCCUCUACUGGACGUUUGUCCAAACUGAAAACACUGGUUGAAAAAGGGGCUAACUUGCUUUCAAAAGACAGGGAUGAGAACUCAUGUCUUCAUCUUUGUUUGUCUUCAGGCGUACGCAGCAUUGAAGACAUGGUCAGUUACCUGCUAGAGCAGGGACUUUCACCGAACGACAUGAAUUCAAGCCAUGAGACUCCUUUAUAUUUAAUCCUAAAAAACGCAAAAUAUCACUCCGAAGAUGAAGUAUCGUCCAUAGUUAAACUCCUGAUAAAUUUCGGUGGAAAUCCAAGUCAAGAAAAACUUGAGAAAAAUCCUUUAAUUAUAGCAAUUGAAACAUUUAAUGCCAAAUGUAUUAAUAUUUUACUGAAGAAUGGAGCGAAGGUGAACGAUCUGCCAAGUGGAUUGACCGCACUACAUGUGAUGUAUGAUUCCAUUCUAUCUGGCUUGGUUAAAGACCAGAAAGAGGACAUUUUCUUUUUGCAACAUUUGCUAAUUACGAACCAGGUAAAUUUAAAUGCGAAAAAUUCCUGCGGAGAUAGUGUUCUUCACCUAGCUGUCAAAGUUUUGUGUAACAGGAAGAAAUCUGUAGGAGCUAAACAACUGAUUCAGGAGCUUGUUGAACAUGGCUCAGAUGUGAAUGCAACCGAUUGUAAUGGCCAAACUGCUCUAAGUCUUUGUUGUGAAUUUGGCUGCGAUAUUGAAUGUAUUGCUGUUUGCAAAUACUUUCUUGAAAAUGGAGCGGAUCCAAAUAAAGGAUGUGCCUUGAAUCGUGCAUUCAGUCACGUACAAUGUGGAACAAAAGAAGAAGCAAAGGAGUUAAUUUUUCGACUCCUAUCACAUGGAGCAAACCCCAAUGACGAAACAGAAUUUAGUCACAAACCAAAUCUCAUAGUGGCAAUCAACAUGGGAGAGGCUGACUUGGUUAGAGCGUUGUUGGAAAGUGGUGCUCACCCAAAUACCUGUCAUAAUUCUGGAACCAGUCUUUUGCAUGCAUGCAAUUUAAGUUUCCAUAGUGCUAAAGAGGUAGUACCACUCCUUCUCCAGUAUGGUUGUAGUAUCAACAUGGGACAACAUGGUAAACCGUAUACAUCUUACAGACAACAUCCACUCUUCAGCAUUGUCGACAAAAUGACAAAAAAUCACGAAUAUAUAGAUAUUUCAGAGGACAAAAUCGUUGAAAAGGUUGACUUACGAAUGUUUAAUCUUCUUCUUUGUGGGGGUUGUGAUUUAUCUGUUCUUUUGCGUCCUUGUAAUAAAGGAAAAUCAAUUCUUGCCUCAUUGACAAAGGCUGGAUAUUUUAAAGCCGCUGAGACUUUAAUAAGGUGUGGAUACAACUUCGAAGAUGAUAUAAAAUUCCGAAGCAUCAACUUUUCGGAACUUGACAUUUCAACUUUACACUCAAAGCGCGGAAUGUACCAUCAAGACAUAUACCAUCGAGCCAACUAUGAGAGUGAAGUAGAAAAUUUUCAAGAAAUGUUGAAAAGAAUUAAAGAACCACAAGUGACAUUGCAAUCUCUUUGCAGGAAAGCUAUACGACGGCAUUUAGUAUUCGUUCAUAAUGGCUCCGAGAUAGAAACAAUCAUCAGAGCUUUGCCCCUGCCAGAGGUAUUAAAGAAUUAUCUCACUCACAGGGAUUAUACACAAGAUUUUGAGAAUAUUGAAUUCUACAGAGAACCAUGGUAAUCUGGUCAUUUAAGGAGACCAACUUGGUUUUUUGCAUAAAAUCUACAAUACAGAAAUGCAGUUUUAGAAAGAGGUAUACUGGUAUAUAUAUCAUCCGGGUAUUUUUUUAAAAUACAUGUACAUUAACCAAAGGACAAUAACGAAAGCACACAAAAGUCUACCGCCUGAAUUUCAAAGGAGGCAUCUCAAACAUCUCAAAAUUAAUGAAAUUUCCUUGUUAUAUAUUUAUUUUGAACCCAGUUUUAGACUUCUGUGGAAAUGCUAAAUAUUUCAAAUGCUAGAGGAAAUCAGUAAAAUGAUUCUGA